CUUCAUGGAGCCGUGGUGCAUGGCCCUCUUUCACGAUCGUUUUAUUGAUCUCCGGAAAGAGUUACGCCAGAUCUUAUCCUCCAAGGAGGAGGAAAACCUUCCUUCCAUAGAAGAAUUAGCCCGUCGGAUCGAAGAUGAGGGCAUUAACCUGCCCGAGAAGCCCAGGAAUUACCUCAGAAGAGUUUUCCAGGAAACCAUCUACAAGCCUCUGGUGGAGAAGAGCAUCCUUGACUAUCUGCGCUAUAAUCAUUACCACCUGCCCAUGUACGCGUGGCAGGGCAUCGUUUAGCGGUGGCCACGGCCUCCACUUGAUUGCUUCCACUCGUAUCGUUCCGGGAAGUGCUCCGCAGAAGCAGGAAACCUCUCUGAAGCCUGGCUGGACCGCCAGGCACCGUCGUGGUUCCCUCCUUUCUUUUCCGUGUCCACCGAUGCCUGUGGUUUCCUAUCGUCCCAGUAGGUGGCGCACGGCGGUGCGUCUGGAUUCUGGGGCAGGGAGACGCUUUACCAACACCAGGCGUGUUCCUGGGCAGA